AUGCCUGUCAUUGAAAUUACCAGCAAACCCGAGUUCUUGGACAAGAUCCUCGGCGCAGAGACUCCCGUCAUCCUUGACUGCUAUGCAGAAUGGUGCGGUCCCUGCAAGGCCAUCGCCCCAAAAAUUGAAGAGUGGAGUAACGUUUACACCGACGUGACAUUCUACAAGGUCGAUGUGGACAAGGUUGCCGACGUCGCCCAGGAGCUCGGAGUGCGGGCCAUGCCAACCUUCAUGCUCUUCAAGGACGGCCAAAAAAUCACUGAGGUCGUCGGUACCAGCUUGCCGGCCAUUGAACAGGGUAUCAAAUCUCUUCUCGAGUGA